UCCUCGUUUCACAGGAAAAUCCUUGUUAAUAGCUUUGCCCAACCACUAGGGUUUAAGCUAUCGAAGUCAUUCCAUCUCUCUUUCUCGGCACAGACAAACAGACACACCGAGAGAUCAUGUCACUCUUUCGCCUCCUCCUCAUCCGCUCUCUCCGCCGCCCCUCCACCACCUUUUCUCCCACCUCACAGACCCUAACCUCACUUCUCUUCCUCCACCACCAAAACCCUAACAACAACAGCCUAUAUCAAACUGCAUUGACACGCGGCUUCGCCUUCUCAUCGGCCGAGGAAGCCGCGGCCGAGAGGCGCCGCCGUAAGCGCCGGCUUCGUAUCGAGCCCCCGCUGCACGCACUCCGUCGCGACCCCAGCCAACCCCCCCCGCAGCGAGACCCUAACGCUCCACGGCUUCCAGACUCCACGUCGGCGCUGGUGGGCCCCAGGCUGAACCUCCACAACCGGGUGCAGUCCCUGAUAAGGGCAGGAGACCUCGACGCCGCCUCCGCCGUGGCCCGCCACUCUGUCUUCUCCAACACUCGCCCCACCGUCUUCACCUGCAACGCUAUCAUAGCCGCUAUGUACCGGGCCAAGAGGUACAAUGAUGCUGUUGCUCUCUUCCAUUUCUUCUUCAACCAAUCCAAUAUUGUUCCAAAUGUUGUAUCUUACAAUAAUUUGAUUAAUACCCACUGCGAUGAGGGCAGGGUAGAUGUGGGAUUGGAAGUUUAUCGGCAUAUUAUUGCUAAUGCUCCAUUUAGUCCAUCGCCGGUCACCUACCGGCACUUAACAAAAGGAUUGAUUGAUGCAGGGCGGAUUAAUGAGGCGGUUGAUCUUUUGAGGGAAAUGUUGAAUAAGGGGCACGGUGCAGAUUCCUUGGUUUAUAACAAUUUGAUUAAGGGGUUUCUGGAGUUGGGGAAUCUAGACAAGGCAAAUGAGCUUUUUGAUGAGCUUAAGGAGCGAUGUAUGGUUUAUGAUGGGGUUGUGACUGCAACAUUUAUGGAUUGGUUUUUCAAUCAGGGGAAAGAGAAGGAGGCGAUGGAGUCGUAUAAGUCCUUGCUUGAUCGCCAGUUUAAGAUGGUGCCUGCAACUUGUAAUGUCCUAUUGGAGGUGUUGCUUAAGCAUGGGAAGAAAAUGGAGGCUUGGGGAUUUUUCGAUUCGAUGCUGGAUAAUCACACACCACCAAAUUUCCAAGCGGUGAAUUCUGACACCUUUAAUAUAAUGGUUAAUGAAUGUUUUAAGCUUGGAAAGUUUGAGGAGGUAAUUCCCACAUUUAAGAAGGUGGGUACAAAACCCAAUUCAAAGCCUUUCCAAAUGGACGUUGCAGGGUAUAAUAAUAUAAUUGCCCGGUUUUGUGAGAAUGGGAUGUUAUCGGAGGCGGAGACGAUGUUUGUAGAAUUGUCCUCAAAGUCAUUGUCCCCAGAUGUCACAACUCAUAGGACUUUGAUUGAUGCAUUUUUGAAGGCAGACAGGAUUGAUGAUGCUUUGAGGGUGUUUAACAGAAUGGUGGAUGUUGGUUUGAGGGUAGUUGCUAAUUUUGGUAACAGGGUGUUUGAUGAAUUGAUCAAGAAUGGGAAGGUAGUGGAUUGCGCCCAGAUUUUAUCAAAAAUGGGAGAAAAAGAUCCUAAACCAGACCCUACUUGCUAUGAGGUUGUGAUUAAGGGACUUUGCAAUGAAGGUAAUUUGGAUAAGAGCUGGGAUUUACUGAGCGAGAUGAUGAGGUAUGGUGUUGGACUUACUCCUGCGUUGCAGGAAUCAGUAACUGAGGCAUUUGGGAAAGUUGGGCGUGGCGAAGAGAUUGAGAGAUUGUUAGGUAUCAAUAGGUGGGGAUAUGCACAUGUACCAUCAAGACCACCUCCUCGAACGGCAGGACCUGCACACCCGCCAUUGGGGCCCCCUCAAAUGGCAAGACUGCCACACCGACCAUCUGAAUACCCUCAAAUGGACAGCGUUCAGAACUCACCUUCUGGACCCUCGGAAACGGCAUGGAAGCAGCACUCUCCAUCAGGAACCACUGAAGUGGCAUGGCAGCAGCACUCUCCCUCUAGUUCUUCUCAUAUGGCAGGACUGCAGGACCCACCAUCAGGAGCCCCCCCAAUGACUGAACCACAUCAGCCACCAUCCUGACCAACUCAAAUGAAAGGGAUGCAGCAAUCUCUAGCAGGGCGGCCUCAAAUGAAUGGGCCCGGGCCCCAUCGUUUGCCAUCAGCAAUAUCUCAAACAGCAGAACAGGUAUUAGUCUGAUUAUUAGAUAUUAGGUCAAUGAUAUACUGGUUCUCUUUUGUUCUCAUUUUGAAUUGGACAUUCUCAUUUUGAAUUGGAAAAGGAGGAUAGCUACAUCAUUGUUAUACAUUUAGUGUCUCUUUGUACCACAAGUUUGCUGGUCAGUUUCACUUCAGUAUAAUAAUGUGAGUUUUUGGUAUUGUUAUACAUUAAGGCCUGUUGUGAGUAUUCAGUCCCUAUGUUAUGCCGAACUGGCAAGCUAAUUAUUUGUACUUUGAACCAUGAGAUAUUUAUUAGAGAUGGCUCUAUUCUCAAAUA